AUGGAAGGAGCUAGAGCACGAGCAAUGAUCCUUCUGGCUUUGUCCAUGCUCGUGGCCAAGGGACUCGCGGUCCCUCUGACCACAGAGUAUGACAACCAGUGUGCGAGAACAUGUGUUAUUCCAGAUGAACCCAACUUUAGAUAUGCGCCUGGCACGACAUACGUGUACAGGUACGAGGCAAGCACCUUGACGACAUUGCAAGGUGCAAUAGAUGAAGGCAGUGGAUUGCAUAUAGAAGCCACUGCCGAAUUCCAGGUUUUGACCCCCUGUGACAUGGUCGUGAAGUUGAAGGAUGUGUCACUGUACGAAACGGACCCGCAAGAUCUCGACAGGAAAAUGCUAUCCAGUGGGACGAGGGAGUUUAAACAGGCUUUAGAAGAGGAGCAGCUUCGCUUCGCCUUCCAGAACGGCCGUAUUGACGACAUCUGCCCCACUGCCGGUGAAAAGACCUGGGCGUUGAACAUCAAGCGCGGUAUUCUCUCGGCUUUCCAGAACUCGAUGAGCAAUCUGAAUGAGGACAGUCACGUGACCGAGAUGGACGUAGCUGGUAACUGUGAGGCACACUACACAGUUGAAGAGAAGUAUUGGGAUCGUACUACGAUCAACAAGACCAAGCAACUCACAGGCUGCACAGAACGCCAUGGUCAGUUGACCUCCAUCCAGACUAGCCCAUACUACGUGGACUCGGAUAUCCAGUCGCUGCCUUUGAUCGACAGCUCGCACCACUGCCAGCAGAUCAUCAAUAACAAAAUCCUGAACAGGGCUUACUGCAAGGAAAGUCACCUAUUCAAGCCUUUCAGCAAGGACCAGGCAGGAGCUGUUACUACCACCAAGCAGACGCUGACCUAUAUGGAAUCCUACAUUGGUGCCCAGAGUCGCAUGGACUACAUCACUCAUCGCACUACGAUGCUGUUCGAUCACAAGUACAACGGCGAGCAGAACAAGAACUACGAGAACGAGGCUGAGAUGGUGCUGCGUGAAAUCUGCGGGAAGGCAGGCGAUGACAUCCGUCCUGAGACUCCGCACAUGUUUACUAGCCUUGUCUACAAGCUGCGAGAACUCAGCGCCGACCGUCUACGCUCCAUCUACGGACGCAUCGACAACAUCUGCCCUGGACACGCCAAAGCAAAGCAAUUCUUCUUGGACGCUAUCCCGAUGGUUGGAACUACAGGAUCAGUGAGUAUGAUUCGAGAACUCAUCAGCAGUGGCCAGGUAACUGGUGUUGAGGCUGAAAUGUGGCUCACCUCUCUCGCAUUCCUGAAGACGAUCAACAAGAACAUGAUCUUGGAAAUCACGCCACUGUUGACCAACAGGGCUGACCGCAAGACCGUUCUCUCCAUCACAUCAAUGGUGCACAGCUAUUGCAAGGUUAACACAGCGUGCGCAGAGGAAAGUGAAGUGCAGACCGUCAUCAGUGCCCUAGAGGGAAUGAUCAACUCCCGCUGCAUGGUCCGCUCCCGCCAGGAGAGUGACCAGAUCGUCAUGGCCCUGAAGGGUCUUGGCAACAUGGGUCGCGUCAUCUCCUCUCUGCCAACCAUCAAGAGAUGCUUCCAAGAGUCCAGCAACCCCAUUGAUGUUCGUCUAGCCGCGAUCGAAGCAUUCCGUCGUCUGCCCUGCACUACUAACCGCGAUGAACUGCUAGCCACCUAUGUAUCACCUGAUGAAGAUACCGAGGUACGCAUCGCUUCCUACCUGUCAGUCAUGGCCUGCCCCACCCCUGAUACCAUCACCAAGAUCAAGGAAACACUGCAAAAGGAGGAGGUUAACCAGGUCGGGUCGUUCGUCUGGACCCAUCUCAGCAACCUCAAGGAGACGUCUGACCCCAUGAAGCGAGAAAUCCGCGAGAUUCUCGAGGACCACACCCUUCAGGAGACGUUCAACAAGGACUCCCGCAAGUUCUCCCGCUUCUACGAAGGCUCUCUCUUCUCUGAGAUGCUCAACACUGGAGCCGUCGCAGAGGGCAGCAUUGUCUUCUCACCCGAGUCAUACAUCCCACGCUCUGGAAAGUUCAACAUGACCGUGGACCUCUUCGGCAACUCCAUCAAUCUGUUUGAGAUUGGUGGUCGUCUCCAAGGCAUGGAGUUCUUGCUCGAGAAGUUCUUCGGACCUAACGGCUACUUCCCAGAAGAGAGAGUGACCAACCUGUUGGAGGGCCGCCAGAAGAAAACCCCAGUGUCGAAAGUUCACAACCAGUUUGGUCUGGACAUGGACGAGCCUCAGGGUAACGCCUACGUUAAGAUCUUCGGCAAUGAGCUGCGCUAUUGGGACUUCCACGGUAUGGAAGAGCUCCUUACCAUGAAGGACACCCUCAACUACAUGGACCUCAUUCUGGAAUUGUCAAAGGAACAGAACUUUGAGCUGACAAAGAGUGGCAUCUUCCUGGACACAUCUCUGAUCGUACCGACACUGACCGGUCUGCCAAUGAACCUGAGCGUCAACGGAAGUCUGUCGAUGAACAUCAAGGUCAACGGCAAGAUGGACAUCCGUCAGAUCGUUGCCUCCCCACGUAGCUGCGACGUCCACGGAGAAAUCAAGCCAAGCGCUGCCAUCGAGGUGAGCUCAGUGAUGAGCGUAGACGGCUUCGUCACCAGCACCGGACUGAAGAUGGUGUCGACACUGCACUCCUCUACCGCCGCCAAGGGCAAGCUGCAGAUGGAAGACGGAGAGACAUUCAAGCUGAACAUUGACAUUCCCAACGAGAAGAUGGAGCUGUUCAGCGUAGAGUCCAAGUUCUUCGUGCUGCACAAGCACCAGGAGCGUCCACAGCGAGGACUGGAUGCCAACCGCAUCGAUGCUGUCAAAUGCACCAGCGACAAGUUCGCCAAGUGGUUCGGAGUACAGCUCUGCGGAGAGAUCGCCUAUCCCCAGCCAUCAGUCAUGCCAAACACACCAGCUCUGCCCUUCCGUGGCCCCGCAAACGCCGCCGUCUACCUGACGAAGAGAGACAACAGCAUGACCGGGUACGAGUUCGAGACUCGCUUCAACGUGAAGAAGGUUCGCGUGAGUGGAGUGACGCAGAGGGUCUACAACGCGCGUUUGGCUUUCGACACUCCACAGUCGCAGAUCAACCGCGAGUGGACUACGGACCUGAUCGUCAACCAGCCAGAGAAGAGCCUCACCUUCAAUCUGCGCACUCCCUACAAGAAAAUGUCAGCCAACGGUAACUACCAGUGGACGUACGCGAUGAAGACUCUGAACGGUGACGUGACCAUCGAUGAGCGCAGCCGCUACGGAGUCGCCGCUAGCCUUGAGGUAGAUGAGCAGCCAUACUCGAUGCGCUACACGCCCAGCCUGACCGUCACCAUGAGCGGCGUGGAGCCCGUCAACCUUCAGGGAUCUGUCCUGCUGAAGGAGAAGAAUGGAGUCACGGUCGACCUGAGCCUAUUGAACGCCUUCAGCGAACCAGUCAUUCUGAAGGGAGACAUUGGACCGCGUGGUAGCCGCCAGUACACUGCUGCCAUCGACUUUGCAUCGCCAUUGUUGAAGACCCAUCUGGAAAGUUUGACUACGCUGUUGGACACCACAUAUGCGUCUCGUGCAAGCAUUGACUACACUCUGCUCGACAAUCCACAGUACAACGUUGCAUGGAACAGCAAAGCACGUGACAUGAGCACAUCGAGCCUUCUGAAGAUGGAUAUUGCUAACGACAUUACAUUCACUCAGUAUCCAGCUCUCAACAGCCACUUCAGCUGGGAGAUCCAAAAGACAACUGGUCAUGUUGAGAACAGCCUUGAGUUCAACUUUGGCAAGUAUUCUCGCAGCGAUAGAGACAUGCUGAAGAUUACUCAGAUCUACAACCGAGCUGGAAAGAUGACUGACCAACAGCUGACGGGUAAGAUCCACGUGUUGUGGCCACGGUACAGCAUCGACUGGGAGGCCAACAUUGACCACACCAACAACCCCCGCGUUCUGAGCAACCUGAUGACUGCACGCUAUGCUCCAGGCAAACAGGUCCAGACCAUCAUCAACCUGAAGAACGAGAACACCAGGCUGACCAAGCUCAGUGGAGAUAUCCAGGUACUGUACCCAGAUAACCACAUGCGGUUGAUGCAGAGUGUAGAGGAAACAGCCCUUGGUCAAUACACAACGGAGACUAUUGCUCACACCAGCCCAGACAAGCAGGUUAACAUUCGCAACAACUACAGCAAUAGAGGAAGUGGUCGUAUGCUCAGACACGAGGCAAGCACAGAGAUUAGCAUUCCAGGUUAUCAGCCAGUUCAAGUAAGUGGAAGCCUGAACGGAGACGGCACGCAUUACUCAACCAAUGCUGUCUACCAAUACGGAAACGAGCGAUACACUGUUAAUGGCGAAUACCAGAAGAAGGCCGGAGACGUUCAUGGAGUCAGCGGUAACCUCGUGUUCCCACGCAUCCGUGUUGCUGCAUCCGGGGACCUCAGUACUGGCGUCCAGAAGGCUCUGACGUUUGACAUCACGCUGAAUGACCCAUACAGGAGAAACUCCCGUCACAUCACACUGGACACACGGGGAGCUCUCAGCUACUCUCAAGCAACUGGAUCCUUCGAUCUGAAGUGGGAUGCUGACCGUGAUCAGUCACAGGCCCUCCGCAUUGAAACCAGCAUGGCCAACACAGAUAACAGCUACAGGGCGGAAUUAGAGAUGUCCUACCCAGGGCGCACAAUCAGAUCUGCUUUCAACACCGACUUCUCUGGAGAGCUGAUGAAUGGUCAACUAUCAUCGAAUGCUGAAUUCGAAUGGGCGCGUGGCAAGAGGAUUGCGGCCGGAGCUAGCUUCAGUAGCAGGGUUUCUCGUGCUGUCAAUGAACUCCAGGCUUCAGUAGGCUUCACAACUCCAUUCCGUGACUACGAGAACUGGUCCCUGAAUGCUUCCCACUUCAACGAUAACACCCAGUUCAGAUGCAUUGGCGGUUUCGCGUGGGCUCCUACUCAGAAGGUUGCUUUGAACGUCAAUGGUAAGAUGACCAGCCCCGGAUACUACACGAGGAAUGGAGCAACCAAGGUUAACCUUAGUGGCCGAUUCACUAGCCCCUUCAGGAACUUUGAGAAUCUGAGCAGCACGUACACUUACGGAUAUGAGAACCUGGAACAUUCCGUUCAUCUUGAUGCUCAAUGGACGCGUCGGGACAGGCUGACUUUCGAUACAACCAGCAAGCGCCUGGGUGAUGGAAGCUAUGAUGCUACUGCACGCUUUACUAGUCCCUUCACGAACUUCGAAGAGCUCAGCACAAAGUACACGUCUAGAGACGAGAACAAGGCAAAGAUGGUGCACUUUGAUGUACAGUGGAGUCCGAGGGAAAAGGUGAACUUUGAUGGAUCUUUCAAAUUCCUGCCAACGCGUGGAAACCUCAUGGAGACUACUGCUGUCUUCACAAGCCCCUUCCGUGGUCUUGAAAUGAUCGCAUUUAACGGCCACCACGAUAACAACAACGCACGGUGGACAAGCAACUACGAGCUCCAGUACAACAGCAGGGACAAGAUGAGCCUUGAAGUCGCAGCUGUUUAUCCUUCUGUAGACAAUCUGGAGUUAAAGGUCACCUCAAUGAACCCGUUGAAAAACAUUGAGUUGUAUGGAAAGCACGAAUGGGCAAACGGUAAAUCUACCAGCAAGGCUUAUCUCAGAAUGGAUGAUCAAAAGAUUGCAAUCGAGGAGACUGUGAGCUACCAGAUGCAUGGCAACAACCUGAACUUCAACUCGAUGGUCAAAUUCACAAGUCCUUUCAAAAACUUCGAGGAGAUUGUAUUGACUCUACGUCAUGAAUCGGACUCUACAACUCUCAACAGCCAACUCAUGUUGACCCACCCAAGAAACAGGCACUCUCUAACUCUCGAAUACAGCAAUAAUGGUGAUAGCUACAAUUCUCUCAUCACAUCAGUCCUUCGUACUACAAGUACUAUGUAUGGCUCCAGUGCCACUGACCUGAAGUAUACCGCCGAUGCAUUGAAGUACGAUGUUGUUUUCAACAUGCAAUUGCCCGAGACUCCAAAAUACACAAUUACCAACCACUUUGCCUAUACUCCUAUAGUCGAUGGAGAGUUCUCAGUCAAGUUCAGUAAUAACAAGCCGGGGUCAUAUUAUGGAGGCAAGCAGGAAUACGAACUCGGAUGGGCAUACAGCACAAACUCCAGAGAAGGUACUAGAGGCACUGUAUACUAUGUUUGGAAUGACCAGAAGACUGAACUUAAUGGCCGAUUCCAGAACAUACAGAAUAACUAUAUUACUUUGGAGGCAAGCAUCAAGAGCCCGUACUCUGGAUACGAGUCAUUGGAAAUGAUGACCUCAUUCAGAAACCAAGGCAACAGUGACAUGACCGGUACAUUCAGCUUUGAUUGGGCACCAAGAAAGAAGAUUGAGUUCAGUGCAAGACUCCUGAAUGCAUACAAGAAGAAGGUGACAGUGACGUUUAGCAGUCCAUUUGAGAACUUUGAGACACUGAUGUUUAACUCCAACUUUGUAGAAGCAGAGCGUGGUAACUACAAUGGAUUAGUCUCCUUCCAGUGGAACAGCAGAGACAAGGUCACCGUGACUGGACACUUGAACCAAUACCAACAGCUAGAACUCGGGUUCACAAGCCCAUUCCGAGGAUUUGAGUCCCUAACCCUAGAGGCUAGUCAAGACCCGUCCACUAUCAGAACAAUGGUUCAAUGGGCUCCCACGAAAAAGGUUGUGUUUACCGGAUCGCUUUCCAACCAGGAGAUCACAUUGCACUUCACUAGUCCAUUCAGGUAUUACGAUGAUCUGACUCUUAUUACUAGUUAUGAAAUCCGCAACCAAGACUACGCAGGAGAUUUCAGCUUCCAGUGGGCUACAAACAAAAAGAUUACGUUUGGUGCGGCCGUCAGAGCAACUCCAAGAACGCAAAAGCAACUGACUCUGCAGUGGACAAGCCCCUUCACCAACUUUGAGGAACUCAGCUGGGACAGCCGCUACGAAGUGAAGAAUGAGAAACACAUCAUCACUCUCAGUGUAGAAGCGGGUAGAAACCAAAAUAUUGAUUUCACGACUUCGUGGAGAAUCAAUUUGCCAUACCACAAGGAGUUUGAUAUGCAGCUGACAGGAAUCACCAGGGAGCCACUUAGCUUCAAUUCCGUCUACUAUCUGCGUAACCAAGCCCAUAGUAUGAACGUAAACUUCAAGUGGGAAAGUAACAAGAAGGUGGAACUCAGUGGCGAAUUUGCGGGGGCCAGGAGUGAUCGCAAGUCAGCCAGUCUCUCACUAAAAACGCCAUUCCCUGGAUAUGAAAACCUUGGCUUUGAAAGCUCCUACACCAUCGCUGGAGACAAAUAUAGUAGCAGUAUAACCGUGCAUUGGAUCAAUGACCAAGAGAUACAGAUGCAGGGCCGCUUCCAGCUCUCUUCUACUAAGUUGGAUGCCGAGUUCACCCUUGCCACUCCAUUCCGUGACUACGAGAACUUUAGAUUUGCCACAGAAUUGAGCUUUGUUCCAAAUGACUACACAGCCACGAUCACCACACAGUGGCAACGUAACCAGCAGAUUCAGCUAACUGGCCGUUACCAAGCGACAUCGUCUAAGCUGAACGCAGAGUUGACCCUCACCACUCCAUUCCGUGACUACGAGAACACUAGGUUGGCCACAGAAUUCGUCUAUGCUCCAAGUGACUACACAGCCAUGAUCACCAUGCAAUGGCAACGUAACCAGCAGAUUAAGCUGAUUGGUCAUUACAAACUGACGUCAUCUAACCUGGAGACUGAACUCACCGUCAUGACUCCAUUCCGAGACUACGAGAACCUUAAGUUUACAGCAGGUCUUGGAUUUGAGAGAGACUUCGAGUACAGUACUGCCAUUAGUGCCAAGUGGGCAGAGAUGAAGCAAGUAGAGAUGAGUGGCAUGAUCAAGCUGACAAGCACACAGCUAGAGACGGAGCUGACCAUCACCACACCUUUCAGAGAGUACAACAAUUACAAGAUGGCGGCCGUUGUCCAGUACACACCAGACGACUACGAGGCCACCCUCCAGUUUGAUUACCCGUACAACGGCUACAAUGGCAGAGGCAUUUUCGGCUUCACGCUCAUCAACAAGGAGCACAAGCAAUUUUCAAUUGAUGCCAAGACUCCGUUCUAUCCCGAAUUCGCUUUCAUCUCAUCGUAUGACUUUGAUCAAAAUGGACACGCCAGCAUCACCACGCUGAAAUAUGGUCAAGAUGUCACCAACCUGAUCAUUAAGUCAAAUGCACGCCGUUUCAACGUCGAGUUCACAAGUCCAUUCACCAACUUUGAAGAUCUGCAGCUGGGCAUUGAUUAUAAUAUCCGUGGAUUCGACUAUGAUGCGACAGUCACCUUUACAUCCAGCGCCCUCAGUGGUAGAGUGCUUCUCACUGCCAGACUUGCAGGCCUCAAGGACCUCAGCAUCUCUUUCUCCAGCCCAUUCAGAGGCUUCGAAAAUAUCCGCUUCACUAGCAUGUAUGAGUUAACUGAGCAGAAAUACACGUCCACUGCCAAGCUCAUCUACAACAGGGAGACCAUCAAGCUGGACACUGACAUCCAGUAUGACACCAGACGCAAAUCCAUUGCUGUCACAUUCACCAGCCCAAUCCCAAAUAUGGAAUACUUGAUGGUUAGCACUGAGUUCGGCAAACGUAGGGACAACUACACUGGUGAAUUCACCUUUCAGUGGGAUCAGCAGAGGAAGAUCAAAGUCAGUGGAUCAGUCAACAAUAUGGAUAGCUUCCCAAAAAGCUUCAUUGUUGAGGUCAAGACUCCUUUCCGUGGCUAUCAGUCGCAGUCACUUACUACCAACCUUGACCGCUCACCAAAUGGUUACAGAUAUGGCCUGAUAGCAGAAUAUAAUAAUGGACAGACGAUCGAAUACAGCGGAACUUACACUUUCGAUACUAACCAAAGAGUAAUGAUGGUUUCCGAAAACCGUUUCACGAUGUCUCCCAACACAUUUGUCAACUUCAAGCUAGACAUGACCCACACCACAAGUGGUUGUUCCUCCGGUAGAUACUCUAGCUACGGACGCUCCUGCAGCCAUGCCAACGCCCUGAACACUGAGCUGAAAACAUCCUUCGACGCAGUGCCUUUUGUAAAGUACGAGCAUGAAUAUACCUACGUAGAAAGCCGCAAGCUGAGCAGCAAGCACAAGUUCUCCUGGAGCGAGAGUCAGGCUAUUGAUAUCGCUUACGACCUCGUCGCUCUGAGCGAUGACAUCUACAAUGCCCAGCUGAGCUUGAACACUCCCUUCCGUGGCUAUGAGUCCUAUAAGAUGCUGACAAAGACCAAGUAUACUCCCAACAAGAUCACUCAGGAAACAACACUCCAGUGGCCAUCUAACCAGCACAUCACCUCAAUCGUGCUGUACGAUUACACCACUGACGUCUACAUCUUUGAUGUUGAGACCACGUCCUCUUUCCGCGACAUGAGACAGUUUGCAUUCAAGACCACAUGCAAGCCAUUUGAGCACACGGACAACCACGCUUCAUCCUUCGCGAUGGAAAUGAAUGGAGAGCAGGUAUACGAUCUUCAGCUGAAGUUCACUGAUAACAGCGAUAGCCGCACCACCCGCACUACCGGAGAUGUGCAGCUGAGAACCAAGGCCUUCCCAGUCGGUGUAACCUACUCAGUCAGUGUUGGAGACAAGGACGUCGAACUCGCUGGCGAAUUCAACUGGAACCUGAAUGAAGCAGACAAGAAGGUCGGAGCUCAGGUUGUAUCGUACGAUCGCAGCCGUGGUAGCGACCUCAACCGUCGCUUCCGCAUCGAGACAACAUACCCCUCACGCACCAUGUUCUUUAACUACGAGCUGGACAAGACUUCAACUCGCUUCACCAACGAGAUCCUCUUCUCGUGGAAGCGUGGCGUUCAGAUGGGAUACGAAGUUGUUCUUGAUGACAAGUCUACCCGAAGCAAGGCCAUCUACGAUGGCAAGGUCGCCUUCAGCCACCCGGUGCGAUCUGUAGAAUUCAACCUGCACCACGAGAAGGCUCAGCGUCAGAUGACGACCGCUGUUGAGUUCAAUUGGGAUGCCCUUCGCACCGACAGCCAGAAGGCACGCACGAUUCUUGCCAUCCGUGAUGACAGCCGUGGAAAAGCACUUCACCACCAAGCCACCGUUACAUUCGAACAUCCAGCCCUCCGCAAGGCAGUGGUCAGCCAGUUUGAGUUUGUCUUCAACGAGGCUGAUAUCAUCCUGUCUACGAAGGCUGAGCUAGAGUAUGCUGUUGAGAGCAGCCAGAAUAUCCGAUUCGCUACUACUCUGAGGGACGUCUCUAUGAGAGAUGUGAAGAACUACACUCUAUCUGCAUCUCUGCUUCACCCAGUGAUGAGGGUUGAUUCCGACAUUGAAGGAUUCGUUGCCUACUCACCGCGUGCCAUUGAAGGUGCGGCUAGGUUCGACUAUCUAACUCGCCGUGGCCAGACGAUCAACUCUGUGCUGAGAGGAAGAAUCGACAAGAUCCGCAAGGCCAUCGAGCUGGAGAUGCACUCCCCGGUGAAGUCGGCUAUGUUCAGUGGGCAAUACAACACCGAGUACAGAGGUGACCUUGACAAAUACACUGUCUCAGUGACUGGAAGCACAGACAACGGUAGACCCAUCCGUGCCACCCUCGACCUACAGAACAAGCCGCAGAAACAGCUUGAUCUGGUCGUGUACUACGAUCCUGACAACUCCAACAAGAAGUUCGAGGUUCACGGUGGAUGGGAGAGUCGCUCUGCUUUCAAUGUCGAAGCAUCUCACAGCAUCAACGGCGCCCGCACCACGGAUGCCCUCUACAAUACUCGCCUCAACAACAGCCACCUGAUGCACACUCGUCUCUACUGGCGCCCAUCUGCCUACAGUGACAUCAAGGAAACGACGGAGCGCACUAAGAGGUCUGUGUCGGAAAGCUUUGUGAACGAGUGGGAAGCGAUUCGUCAGCAGGUUGAGAGGGAGGUGCGAGGCCAUUACAGUGAAUACCAGCGUCACAUCGACAGCACCACCGAACCAUUCCUCACUCAGACCAGGAGAGAGUGGUCGCGCCUCGCGAACGAUGUCAGCCGAUAUGUUGACAGCCUGAGUACCCUAUACGACAACAACGAGUUCUUCAUGAGGGAUACCCACAAGGUGUCGAUGUCCGUGUAUGAGGCUGCCGAGAGAAUCUUCAGCGAAUAUUCGAGAACCAUGGCGUACUACUACGAAUACUACAAGUACUUGCUCAACCGUGAAUACACCAUCUACAUGCGCGAGCUCGACAGUAAGAUCCAAGAGUACUCCGUCAAGUUCCAGCAGUCGUACGACGAGAACUACGUGCAGAUGAUGCGCAAGUACGAGAUGAUGAAACGCGAGGCUACGCAGAAGUACGACGAGUACAUGGCUACGCUCAACAGGAACUACGACGAGGGCUACCAGAAGCUUGAGGUAUACAGUGCUGAGGUUAUGGAUAAGCUGUACAACAAGGGCGAGCAGCUCAUGAACAAGGCUUCUCCAUACAUUCAGAAGUACUACCCAGGGGCAGAGAAGCUUGUCAACGACGUCAUUGACCGUCUCAACAACGCUGUGAUGACACUCUACAACAAAGUAGAAGGCCACCCAUACUACCAGCACGCUUCUAGCAUCAAGGAUACGGUCAGCGGACACAUGCGAAAUGGCAAGGAGUACAUGUCUGAUUUCGGCAGCAGGUACAGUGACAUGUUCAACGACUACAGCAGCAAGUACGGCAACAUGUACGACGACAUUGCCAACCACCCAACCACCCAGCUGAUGAAAGAUCAUGCCUCUUGGAUUCUCGACACACUCAACCUGAAGGAGAAUGCCGUGAAGUUCAGCCAGGUUGGUAUCGAGCAGGGCCAGAAGGUCAUAGAGGACACCGUCAGGGAUCUAGUUCACCAGUACAUCCGGCCCGACAUCAGCCACGUGACGGUGUAUGAGCCCGAGCAGGGAGAGAUCCAGUACGAGCAAUACCUGCCAUUUGAGAUGAAGACCCUAGAUGAGAUUCCAGAGGUUGAUGUUGAGUCUCUUCCGUACUACAGUCAGAUCAAGGCGCAGUACGAGAAAUACGAGCCGUACAUUGCCAACUACAGCAUGCUGGACACCUACUACAAGUACAAGCCAACACUUGACAUCAACAACUGGAUUCCACCAUUCAAGGCCCAGGCAAUGCUGAUCGGUUCCCAGCACUUCGUCACCUUCGACAACACGUUCUACGACUUCGCCGGACAGUGCAGCUACGUCCUCGCCCACGACUUCAUCGAUGCCAACUUCAGCGUCAUCGUCAACUACCAGAAGCAGGGUCGCGAGGUCUCCAAGAGAUCGAUGGUUGUUCUGAGCGACAACAGACAGAUCGAGAUCACUCCGGACUACAGAGUCAACGUUGAUGGCGAGAACCAGGAGAUGCCCAUAGAAUUCGACAACACGAUGGUUAGGCGCAUGGGUCCGACCGUUCGCAUCGACAAUCGCCGUGGUGUUAGCAUCGUCUGCAACUGGCAACGCGAUAUCUGCACACUGCACAUGAGCGGAUGGUACUUCGGAAAGACCGCGGGUCUCUGGGGAACGUACAACAACGAGAAGAACGACGAUUUCCUUACGGCCAGCCGCCAGAGAACCACCGACGUCAAUACGUUCACGAGUUCAUGGAACCUCGAUGAAUCUUGUCGAUCAAGCAACAUGGCCACGGUUGUGCCAGUAGAGGUUGACACCGCGGGCUACAGGGCGUGUGCCGCAUACUUCCAAGAGCAGUCCAGUCCAUUCCGUGCCUGCUUCAGCCAGGUCGACACAUCAGCAUUCUUUGACAUGUGCGUCACCGAUGUCACCAAGAAGGGCGACUACGUCACUGGAAUGUGUUCCAUCGCAGACGCGUACAUUUCGGAGUGCCGCCGCCAGGGUAUCGACAUCACCAUGCCAGACACCUGUGUAACAUGCGAGGGGGUGACUGGAACCUUCAACAAGGGAGAGACGGUGACGGUUAACGGAGGCAGGAACACACGCAGCAGCGAUGUUGUCUUCAUCGUAGAGAACCAGGAAUGCAACCGCGAUACUGGAUCGCAGCUGAACAACGUCGUCAAGCAACUCGAGAAGCAGUUGAGGAACCAGGGACUGAUGCGCAAUCGUUAUGCCGUCGUAGGCUUCGGCGGUGAGGGAGUUCACGACCUUCCACACGUCCACACUGGCAACGGAAAGAUCUUCAACGAUUUCCGUGGAGUUAGCGGUGCCAUUGAGAGCCUGCCGUACUUCGAAGAGAAGAACAGUGACAUUUUCGAAGCCAUUGCUUAUGCUGCUGGUCUGCCGUUCCGUAGCGGCAUCUCCAAGACGUUCGUGCUCCUCACCUGCUCAGAGUGCAACCCCGCUCAGAUGAAGCUUGACUAUUCCGCCAUGCUCUCCUUCCUGAUUGAACACGACAUCACCCUUCACAUCGCCAAGGAUCACUCAUUCAAGCUGAGAGCUGCGAACAAAAAGAAGGCAUCCAUGAUUGUUGGCAUCGACGGCAACUCCGUGUACACUCUCAAAGACCAGCGUGACAAGGUCCUCGCUGGAGACAAGGCGCUCUACCAGCAGCUUCAGAUCCCCAAGGACAUCUGUGUUGCUCUGGCGCAGGAGACCAACGGAACCAUGUUCAACGCCGACAAGCUCACCACCGGCCGCAUGAACCACCAGAAGAAGUACAGAGACGUGUUCGCGCGCCGUAUUGCGAUGACGGCCGAGCCAAACGGCUGUCAGAUCUGUACGUGCGAGGAUGAUGAGUUCGGAGUCGGAUACUCAGACUGUCGGCCGUGUGUCGAGCCCAAGAGAUUCGCCAUCAUCCAGGCCGAGGGAGUUGACAUGGAAGGUGACAACGAUGUUCUGGACAAUGAGGAUGACAAUGGUGAGGAUGUGAGAUUCAAAGUGCGAUACGAGGAGUACCGCAAGCUUCCAAACAAAAAACGCCCGAGCAAGAAGAGUGCCAGGAAACUCAAGAAAACGCGCCAGCAAAAGAGAGAACGCGCAUGGUUUUAGGACAGAUACUCUAGCGGACACGUACUAAGAUUCCUGUUUCAGAAAAAAAACUAAUUUGGAGCCAUAUCUGUCGAAUAAAUUGAGUGAAAUUGAGCUCACUGCACUAUACUAUCAUACUAUGUAUUUUAAUGAAUGCUUGCUGUAGUUGCUUGUAAUAUUCAUGCACUAAAAGUUUAAUAUUAGUUAUUUUAUUAUAAGUUUGUUGCAUCUGUCGAAGAUGCAUGCAUAGUGUAUCCAAUAUUUAAUGUACGUAUUUUCUUUCUAUUGAAGUGCCGAGAACAAGCUGUUAGAACAAACAUGAAGUAUAUAUUGCUGAGCAGGGUGCCGUAUUCCCGCACCAUUAUAUAUUUUAGUAUAUUAUAUUCCAAGUUCUUACUAAAUUGACGUGUAUAAUUCCCGCUUCUUUUGAAAAUAAAUACAAAAUUUUGUGCAUACCAAA